GAGAGAGAGAGAGAGAGAGAGAGAGAGAGAGAGAGAGAGAGCAGGGAGCAGGGAGCAGGGAGCAGGGAGCAGAGAUUGCAGGGACAGGCAGAUUACAGAGGGGCUACGAUCCACGGCGCACCAGCGACAUGGACAACACACAGACCUCUUUGUCUCCACUGAGGGAGUGAAGAGACGAGACAAGGACUGGGAAGAGGACAGGACACUGCGAGAGGAAGUGGUUUGAAGAACAACUGUGUUUCUGCAGCUUUUGCUGGGACACCUUGAGUGGCGGGACGGUAAGGGACCAGCUGUGAGUGCCUGGCCAUGAGAGAGUGACGGAGAAAGGACAUCUAGUGCUACUGAGGACAUCUUGGUAUCUUCUUCUCCUGCCUGUCCCCAUGUCUAGAGGAGGGAGGCCCCUGUGUGGGUGGGUCCGGAUGUGGCCCCUGGCGUGUGCACUGGCCCUGGCUGCAUGCUCGUCGGUCAGCCCCCUCCUCCAAGAGACCACCUCUGAUCCUCCCAUUGCUACAGAGACACAGACUGAAGUAUGGACACAGCCAGACCAUCGGACAGAGGCACAGACACUUGCAGAGUUUCAGACCCAGCCAGAGCUACAGACAGAGGCACAGACUGUGGCACAGACACAGACAGAGCUACAGACACAGCCUGAGCUACAGACUGAGUCCCCAACAGAGUUAGAGUCACAGGCAGCUACCAUCAACCACACAGGUCUGUUGUGUGUGUCCGUGCUUCCCCCGAGGCGGGGGUCGUUCUAUGUAGAGCGUGGGACGGGGGUGUCGAUGGGUACAGUGCUGGCCUUCUGGUGCAGGGAGGGCUACCAGCUGGUGGGCAGUGAUAAGAUCUCCUGCAGCGUCCGGGCAGGCAAACCCCAGUGGAGCAACUUCCUGCCAGUCUGUGAGGCUAUCCCGAGGCCAGAGGACCGGGGUCUGCGCGUGGCCGUGCUGGCCUCGGUGGUCAGUGGCAUCGUCAUCCUGGCAAUGUCUCUCUCCUUCAUCAUCUGCUGCCUGCAGGAACGCACUGGGAAGGACAGGGGCUCCAGGAGGGACGGCAGGAUCAGGCGUAGAGACACGCGGUCUUCUCGGCGUAGUGAGUGCUGGCUGGAGAGAGAGGAGGGGGAUUGGGACACGUUCCCCCCUCCUAAGAUCUUCCACCUGUCCCAGCGGCCGGACCUCCGGCUGGCUGCAGAGAGCCCGGUCUACCUAGGGGGCAUGGCCGGCUUCGACAACCGCGGAUACCAGAGGAGUCAGGAGAGCCUACUGAAGGCCACCCUUCCUGGUCUGUUCCGGACGGAGAGUCAGAUCAUCUACCCCCACGUGGUGCUCCAGAGAGUCCCCACCCCCACCGCCCCUACAGCCCCUGUCUACCUCCACAAUAUGCCCUCCAACUCUGCCUCCAACUCUGGAUGUGCUCCCACACAGCCAAACCACAUGCCCCCAUACCCUACCCCGCAGUAUCCCAUCCACAACUCCACCCCCCAGCGAGUUCCAUGGCAAACGCAGCGCCAUUGAACUGUCACUGUCCCCUCUCUCUCUCUCCCUCUCUGUAGGUCAAGGGUCAAGGAGGAAGGAUCAAAUUACACACUCUUCCCUAAUAAGUGUGCUACUUUUGAGCAGAGCCCUAUGCAGUUAACAUACACAUUUUGGUCAGAGGUAGCGUAAUACAUAGGGAAUAAGGUGUUAUUUGUGAUUUGAGAACAGCCCUCAGACCCCUGUCAGUGAGAUGCUUCUACUACUGCAAGGAUAGAUGGAUGGGACACAUGCUACUGUACAUAAUGUAUGAGACAGACAGACAGACAGACAGACAGACAGACAGACAGACAGACAGACAGACAGACAGACAGACAGACAGACAGACAGACAGACAGACAGACAGACAGACAGACAGACAGACAGACAGACA